CAUCACUCACAGCUAAUGGAUGUCUUUUCCCAGUAUGACUACAAUGACAGUUUAUACGAAAAUGGAACAUUGGGCUUCAACAAAACAGAACAGGACCAGAGGCUCCCGUACAACUACUACGCCAUGCUUCUUACCCUGCUCAUCUUUGUCAUUGUCUUUGGCAACGUGCUGGUGUGCAUGGCUGUGUCAAGAGAAAAGGCUCUGCAGACAACCACCAACUACCUGAUUGUCAGCUUGGCUGUCGCUGAUCUUCUGGUGGCCACACUGGUUAUGCCCUGGGUAGUCUACUUAGAGGUUGUGGGGGAGUGGCGCUUUAGCAAGAUCCACUGUGACAUCUUUGUCACUCUCGAUGUGAUGAUGUGCACAGCGAGCAUUCUCAAUCUUUGUGCCAUCAGCAUUGAUCGGUAUACAGCUGUUGCCAUGCCAAUGCUGUACAACACACGCUACAGUUCCAAGAGACGGGUCACUGUAAUGAUCUCUGUGGUGUGGGUACUCUCUUUUGCCAUUUCAUGUCCCCUGUUGUUUGGCCUAAAUAACACAGCUACUCGUGACGCGACGCUCUGCGUGAUCGCCAAUCCAGCCUUUGUGGUGUACUCCUCCAUCGUGUCCUUCUACGUGCCCUUCAUCAUUACUCUGCUGGUUUAUGUGCAAAUUUAUGUGGUCCUGAGGAAGCGUAGGAAACGUGUGAACACCAAACCAAAGCGGCGAGUCUGUCAGGCUGUUGACACCGAUGUAGCCACUUCACUGAAGGACAAGUGCACUCAUCCAGAGGAUGUGAGGUUGUGCACCAUGAUUGUUAAAUCUAAUGGAAGUUUACCUGCCAACAAGAAGAAAGUGAUAUUUAUCAAAGACGUGGCCACUGAGGGGGAAGAUUUGGAGCUAGAUGAGCUGAACAACAGUGGCAGCAGCCAGAAGCAGAGGCAGCAGACACAGAGUGUUCUUGGAGACACUCCGGCCACCAGCCACCAGCAGCUAAUGCCUGACAAAGCCAAUGCUAGUCCCUCUUCCACACCUCCCACACCCCCUGAGGAGAGCCACAAAGCAGAGAAGAAUGGCGAGCCCAAGGAGGCCCUGUCUGAGCCAGCACCCAUUGUAGCCAAAUCCUUCCAGACACAGGCCUUACCUAAUGGCAAGACUCAGACUUCUGUCAAAAGCAUGAGCAAGAGGAAGCUGUCCCAACAAAAGGAAAAGAAAGCUACUCAGAUGUUAGCCAUCGUUCUUGGUGUAUUCAUCAUCUGUUGGCUGCCAUUUUUCAUCACACAUAUCUUGAACACCCACUGCACCAAAUGCAAAGUCCCUGCCGAGAUGUACAAUGCAUUCACUUGGCUGGGCUACGUGAAUAGUGCUGUAAAUCCCAUCAUAUACACCACCUUUAAUAUUGAGUUCAGAAAGGCGUUCAUUAAAAUCCUGCACUGCUAAGCUGCAGUAUCUCCUACUGAUCAGACUGAGAAAAGAAUGGAAAAUAAGGGUUAGGUCAUCUCUACAGGCAAAUACCUCAUCCUGUUAAGGAAAAUGCACCACAUGAGAAAUUACGAUUGGAUUUUGGAGCUACAGCAGAAAACUACCACAAACAACCUGGCAGUGUUUCUUGGAAGGCAUGUUGGCCCUGUGUGUGAACUUUUCUGCUCUCCAGAUAACUGAAUGUAAAAACAAGAAAAGUCUGUAUCAACGUGGAAGGGAGGAAAUAAAUAAGGAAAGAAUAAAACAGCAACAUUGUUCUCUAAAAUCAUUGUGCUCGUUACAUAUGGAGCCAUCU